AUGCUGAUAGAGCUGCUGCCGCGGAUGCUGGAGGCCGCGCGGAUCAACCGCCCCUACCAGCUGUACCAGCUCCCCUCGGGCGGCGGCGGCUCCCUCCUCGCCAAUGGCAGCUGGAGCGGCGUCAUGGGCGAGCUCACCGCGCGGCGCGCUGACCUGGCGAUGUUCCCGCUGACGCUCACCAGCGCGCGCAGCCAGGCCAUCAGCGCGACCGUGCCGUUCCUCGACUCGGGUUACGCCAUGUUGGUCAAGAUCACACAGCAGGACAACGCCUACUCGUUCCUGCUGCCCUUCCAGAGGGACACCUGGCUGCUGAUCCUGGCGGCCCUCGCGGCGGUCAUUCUGACGGCCACACUGCUGCACUCCUGGACGCGCCGCGCGCGCCACGCCGCGCUGGAGCGGCAGUAUGGCCUCGGGCGCGAGGCGCCGCGGCGGCGGCGCCACGAGCGCGUUAUGCAGCACGGCAUAGAGACGACCGUCAUCACGCUCUCGGCUUACACCGCGAACCUGACCGCCAACCUGACCGUGUCGCGCCUGGGCGUCUCCAUCCAGACGCUCGCCGACCUGAAGCGCUCCGGCAACAUGUUCGGGGUGCCCUUCGACUCGUCGGUCAGCAAGUACUUCCGCGCCUCGAACGACGGCGUGGCCAACAGUCUGCAGGCGUCCAUGGUGGAGUACCGCGACCAGGCGGCUGCAGUGCGGGACGUGCGCUCGGGCGCCAUCGCUGCUUACGUCACCGACUUCCCUGGUGGGGCGCCGUGA